CUGUAUGUCUUUAUUAACAAUGAUCUUCAGAGUCAGACAUGGUAGCGCUGAAUUCAAAUCACAGCUCUUGGGGGGCUGAGGCAGGAAGAUCACUUGCUCAAGGUCAGCUUCCAGGCCAGCCUGGGCUACAUGAGUCCUUUCUCAAGAGAAUGAAAAGAAGAGAACAAGUUGUACAUCUUUUUCAUCACAGAUCACUUGAGAUUCAUCCUAUGGGCUACAGAAACCUGAAAGAUAUCUUGGCAGAGCACCUGCCUAAAGAGGAGUGCUGGCCUUAGGGGAGGUUUGGGCCACUGUGACCUCAUGGAAAUGCAGCCAUGGUGACAGGCACAUCAGUGUCCUCCAUCCUACUGUCUCCCUGCCAGAAGCUCCUCCAUAGCCCCCAAACCAACUGGAAGCCAGACAUACCCUCUGAUGUGGUCUGCACAGGUUAGUCUCCUGGGCAAAGAACAGAGCUGGAGAGGGAGAAUGAAGGGUAAAUAGAAGAUUCUCAGGGUCCCUACACGCACGCACGCACGCACGCACGCACGCACGCACGCACGCACGCACACACACACUCUGGCCAGUGCAUUCUUUUCCAGGCAGCAUAGUUAUGGGCCUAACUCUAGUCAUUCCCCCUAGAGAGCACAGAACCAUAACAAAGGCCCUUAGCAACAGAAGGCCCUUAGCAACAGUGGUCUCUAAUCUCACAGGGUUCUAACAGAACCUUCUCCAUCCCCAUCACAAGUCUCUUCUGGUACAUUUUGUUUUGGGGUUUUGGUUUUUUUCUUAAAUUUAUUUAUUCUGUGUCUGUCUGUGAGUGAGUGCAUGCCUGGAGGGGUCAGAGGUCAACUUUCUGUUCUUCCUUCUUUCUACCGUGUGGGCUCUAGGCUUCCCCACUCACGCCUUCGUGCCUGGUGGCAAGCAUGGUAACUCAGCUAGCCAUGUUUGCAGACCAAGUCUCAGGCUGGCCUAGAACUCCAUUAAGGCUGCUUGCCUCAAACCUUCUGCACCCUGACUCAGCCUCCCCAGUGCUGGGAAAUGGUCCUGCACCUCCAGCUGACUCCCUUUAGUCUUUCAUGACCUCCUCCAAAGCUUUAGUUCAACUUCAUCUGCACCUGAUCUCAAAGCUGCUCCACAAAGACUCCAGCCACGAAGACUGCUUUUCCCCAAGGCCUCUCAGUUUGUGCUCCUCAUACUCUUCCCCAUAUUACACUAAGAUAAAGAACCUCCCUUCACUUCUUGGACAAAGCUCCUAAAAGCCCUGCAAUUUCCUGAGUGAUAAAGGCUUAAAAGGGCAUCUUCUGUGUAUUAUAGUAAGACUCUUUCCACUGGCUUAAGCCAACAGGGUUAACUUUUGGAAAGUCCCAAGGGCAGGGAUGGGGAAGGGGCUAGAACUUUUAACUCAACUGGUUCUUAGCCAAUAGCUAAUGAUUUAAUGGCUCAUCCCAGCAUGAUGACAGUCCUUAACACCCCCAAAAGAUGGAGUCAGAGAAGGUGGUGCCCAAGGACAUGGAAGCUCCAGACCCAUCUCCCCAGCACCUUCUCUCUCUUAUCUGUUCCAUCUGGCUUAUCUGGCUAUCACUGUUAGAUACUUUAUAAUAGUGAACCAGCAAAUGUGGGCAAGGUGCUUAACCUUAGCCCUGUGAGCCAGCCCAGCAAAUUACCAAAGUUGAAGAGGGGCUUGUCGUGUCCUUGAUUUAUAAAGCUGGUGGUGCCUAAGACUUGAGGCCUGGACUCAAGGCCAGCAUCUUAACCUGGAGCCGUCUUGUUGGAUAGAGCCCCUCCACAUGGAGGCCUGGCAGGCAAUGUCAGCCAUGAAUUACACUGUAGGACACUUGAUCAGUUUUCACCAGGAACUGGGGAACUGGUUGGUGUGGGAAGAACCUUCCCAUGAAGUGCUGUAACUGGGGAACUGGUUGGUGUGGGAAGAACCUUCCCAUGAAGUGCUGUAACUGGGGAACUGGUUGGAUCCGACUCCUGCAAGUUGUCCUUUGACCUCCAUACACAUCCUGUGGCAUGCAUGCCUGCACACACCAAAAAAUUAGGAUCAAAUUAAAAGAAACACAGUGUACUUUGUCCUUUUUUACCCAAACAUCUCUUGCAUCUCUGAGAGUCACUUUCUCAGAGCCAUCUCCCCUGAAAUGCUAUCCAAACCUGCCCUCUACACACAGUGCUCUGCAGACCACGAGAGCAGACUUCUCGCCCGUUGGUUCACCAGGCCUAGCAGUGCUGCAUGAACAUGGCUAGAGAUGUGUCCCCACCAGACACUGAGAGUGCCUGGAAGCCAGGGCUGCACCGCUCUCUGGGGGAGGGCAGCUGAACCAAGGCAGGCAGGAGGCUGGAGUCUUUUGCUAAUCUCUCCCCUCACCUGGGUCGAGGAGAGGCUGAGUGGAUACUGCCUGCGGGGAAGGGAAGGGUCAGAGUGAGUUGGGUUCGCAGCCCUGCCUCCCCUGUGACCCAGUGACUGAAGUGAGGAAGGCUAUUCCUGGGAGGGCAUUUACAUGAGGUUUGGACCCCUGCUCAGCGUAGGGUGGAAGUGGGAAGUGGCUCAGUCCACUGUCCUUGUCUCACUUUCUGUUCCUCCAAAGUGUCUCCGUAAAUGCUCAAAUGCCUUUCUAGAUUCUACUGCAGAUUUCAAGGUGAGGCAGGAGGGCAGUGCUGCAGAUCCUGAAGCCAGCAAACCAAAGUGCUUCUGGGACAGGUUUCAUGUGUUCCAGUGCUCUCUGGAGCCCCUCAGAGAGCUGGCUCUUUCCUUUUCCAGGCCCUGGCCUCACUCAGCUCACUCCACGCCUGGAUCAGACUGCAGACUUCAGCCUCUCUCUUCCAUAAGGGAGAAAGUCAGCCAGCCCUCCUCAGCUGCCUGUCUUAACCUGCCUGCAUCAUGAAGCCUGAGGAAAUUUCAAGUAACUCCCCCCACCCCCACCCCCAGGAUCUGGGGACAGCCACUGUUUAUUGAUUCACCUCAGGAUCUGAGGACAGCCACUGUUUCUGUUUAUCACUUCUUUGGUUCUGGUUUUCAUUUGAGACAGGUUCUUAUUAUGUUGGCCUGGCUGGUCUUCAACACCCAGGAUCCUCCAGCCUCAACCCCUCUCAGAUGCUGGGAUUGCAGGCCUAGGGUACCAUGCUUGGUACCCUCAGAUCCCAGUACCCUUCUAUACCUUCAGGAGCUGAUCAAAGUCUUUCUCCCAUGUACAGUCUGCUCUUUUAGAGAAAUUGUGUGGAGCUAGGUGUGGUGCAGGGUUGCAGUUCCAGCCAUUUGGGAGGCUGAGGCAGGACAGCUGCUUGAACUCAGGCACCUGGACAAUAUAAUGAGACCCUGCCCACACACCAAAAAAAGCAAUUUAUCAGCAUGUUAUUUUUCAUCCCCCUUUUAAACCCUCUCUGCCUUCUUCAUGGGGUGCUGGUGUCAGCAGAAGUCAUGGGGAAGUGAUGCCUGGGAGUUAGUAGAGGAGGAAUGAGUAGAAAGGGGAAGUAUGAGAGAGGUCCCAGAGGAGACUGUGGAAGGACGAGCAGGCAGACAGAGAGACUCAUCUCCCCACCUAAGACCACCAGCAUCUGCUGAGCCAUGAGCCAAAGCAAGGACUUGCAGGGAGGAAAAGCUUUUGGACUACGCAAGGCCCAGCAGGAGGAGGGGCUGAAUGAGAUCAACAAGCAAUUCCUGAAUAAUCCUAAAUACUGCAGUGAUGAGGACCUGCCCUCCAAAUUGGAAGCCUUCAAGAAUAAGUACAUGGAGUUUGAUCUGAAUGGGAAUGGAGAUAUUGAUAUUAUGUCCUUGAAGCGAAUGCUGGAGAAACUUGGGGUUCCUAAGACCCACCUAGAGCUAAAGAAAUUAAUUAGAGAGGUGUCCAGUGGCUCCGAGGAGACGUUUAGCUACUCUGACUUUCUCAGAAUGAUGCUGGGCAAGAGAUCCGCCAUCUUGAGAGUGAUUCUGAUGUAUGAGGAAAAAAACAAAGAACACCAGAAGCCAACUGGUCCCCCAGCCAAGAAAGCUAUUUCUGAGUUGCCCUAAUGGAGGUGGAUGUGCACAUGGUGGGACUGAAGGGGCCGUCGAACGACAGCAGCACGGAAAGAAGUAGUUGUGAGCCAGAGUCAAACUAAAUAAAUAAUGCUCCCUACCGGGUCAA